CAUUUCUGACGCGCUCUCACGCAUCUGCCGGCGCACCGCAUGCUGCUACUCAGCUUCAUGGAACAAGAACAAGGGUGGAUCACCGUCCUCUGACUGAAAUCCACUGUAGCCGCUGCUGUCACCGUUAGCACUGAACUGCAUCUCUGUUCUUCCGUGUAACUACUGCACCCGCACACUGUUCAGUUAGCUAGCAAAGAUGUCAGUUGUCGGAUUUGACGUCGGGUUCUUGAAUUGCUAUGUAGCGGUAGCCAGAGCCGGAGGGAUUGAAACUGUCGCUAAUGAAUACAGCGACCGAUGUACACCAGCAUGUGUUUCAUUUGGGCCCCGGAAUCGAUCGAUCGGUGCAGCUGCUAAAAGCCAGAUCGUCACAAACUGCAAGAACACAGUCCAAGGGUUCAAGAGGUUUCAUGGCAGGGCAUUUUCAGAUCCCUUUGUGCAUCGCCUCAAAAACAGUCUGGUCUACGACAUUGCACAAAUGCCUGCAGGAACAACCGGCAUCAAGGUGAUGUACAUGGAGGAGGAGAAGGUGUUCAGCAUUGAACAGGUCACCGCCAUGCUGCUGACCAAGCUGAAGGAGACCGCAGAGAGUGCUCUUAAGAAGCCUGUGGCAGACUGUGUCGUGUCUGUUCCCUGCUACUACACUGAUGCUGAAAGGAGAUCAGUGGUAGAUGCUGCUCAGAUUGCUGGUCUUAACUGCCUGAGGCUUAUGAAUGAGACAACUGCAGUGGCAUUGGCUUAUGGGAUCUAUAAACAGGAUCUCCCUGCUCCUGAGGAGAAGGCCAGGAAUGUGGUGUUUGUGGACCUGGGCCACUCUGGAUACCAGACAUCUGUGUGUGCCUUCAAUAAGGGCAAACUCAAGAUCCUUGCUACGGCUUGUGACCCAGAGUUGGGAGGAAAGGACUUUGACGAGGAACUGGUGAAGUAUUUCUGUGAGGAAUUUGGCAAGAAGUACAAGCUUGAUGUCAAGACAAAGCCCAGGGCCCUGGUCCGGCUCUACCAAGAGUGUGAGAAACUGAAGAAACUGAUGAGCGCCAACUCCUCUGACCUGCCGCUUAACAUUGAGUGCUUCAUGAAUGACAUUGAUGUCUCUGGAAAAAUGAACAGGGCAAAGUUUGAAGAGAUGAGUGCUGACAUUUUGACCCGGAUUGAGGCUCCACUGCAGAGUCUCCUGGAACAAUCCAAACUGAAAAAGGAAGACAUCUAUGCAGUGGAGAUAGUGGGUGGAGCUUCCAGGAUCCCAGUCGUCAAAGAGAAAAUCAGCAAAUUCUUUGGGAAGGAGUUGAGCACCACGCUGAAUGCUGAUGAAGCUGUGGCCAGAGGGUGUGCUCUGCAGUGUGCGAUACUGUCACCUGCCUUCAAAGUGCGUGAAUUCUCCAUCACAGAUGUUUCUCCCUAUCCCAUCUCUUUGAAGUGGCAUUCUGCUGCAGAGGAUGGUGUGAGUGAUUGCGAGGUAUUUCCCAAGAACCAUGCAGCACCUUUCUCCAAAGUGCUGACCUUCUACCGGAAAGAGCCUUUUUCUUUGGAGGCCUACUACAACAGCCCUAAUGAGCUGCCUUAUCCUGAUCCCACUAUUGGUCAGUUCCUGAUCCAGAAGGUUGUCCCACAGGCAUCUGGGGAGAGCUCCAAGGUGAAGGUCAAGGUGCGGGUGAACAUCCACGGUAUCUUCAGUGUGUCCAGCGCCUCCCUGGUUGAAGUUCAGAAGUCUGAUGAGACUGAGGAACCCAUGGAAACAGAACAGGUCAAUGACAAAGAUGGAGAGAGCAAGAUGCAGACCGAUGAUCAGGAUGAGCAGCAGGGUCAGGGAGAGGGUCAGAAAGAAACGGAAGAGAAGACGCCACGUGAGAAUGAGGAGAUGGAGACUACCACAGAGGACGGCAAAAGCGAGAAGAAGGCCGACCAGCCCCCACAAGCCAAAAAGCCUAAAGUCAAAACAAAAGUCCUGGAGCUUCCAAUUGAAAACAGUCCACAGUGGCAGCUAGCAGAUGACAUGCUCAACCUUUUUGUAGAAAAUGAGGGCAAGAUGAUCAUGCAGGACAAGCUGGAGAAGGAGAGGAAUGAUGCAAAGAAUUACGUAGAAGAGUAUGUGUACGACAUGAGGGACAAACUACAUGGCAUGUUGGAGAAGUUUGUCAGUGAGUCUGACCGAGAUGCUUUGUCAGUAAAGCUGGAGGAUACUGAAAACUGGUUGUAUGAAGAUGGAGAGGACCAACCCAAACAGGUGUACAUUGACAAACUGGCAGAGUUGAAGAAACUUGGCCAGCCCAUCCAGGAGAGGUACAUGGAGGCUGAAGAGCGACCUAAAGCAUUUGAGGAGCUGGGAAAACAAAUCCAGCAGUACAUGAAAUUUGUUGAAGCAUUCAAAAUAAAGGAGGAGCAGUAUGACCAUUUAGAUGAGGCAGAUGUCACUAAAGUGGACAAACUGACCAAUGAUGCAAUGAUCUGGAUGAACAGCGCCAUGAACCAGCAAAGCAAACAGAGCUUGGCGGUGGAUCCCCCUAUCAAAGUAAAAGACAUUCAAGCAAAAACAAGGGAGCUGUUCUCCGCUUGUAACCCCAUUGCGACCAAGCCCAAGCCCAAGGUGGAGCUUCCCAAGGAGGACACGCCUGCUGAGCAGAACGGGCCUGUCAACGGACAGGAGAAACCCCAGGAAGAAAAUGCAGACAAGGGAAAGGCUGAGAACACAGGCAACCCCACCUCAGAAACCACAGAAAACAAGCCUGACAUGGACCUUGAUUAAAGCUGUCUAACGCCUCCCAUAAGCAAAGCUGAAUGGGAGUUGGUUGUUUCAGAUUGAGAUACAGCCCGGGUGUAUAUCAGAGCAAGUUAAGUGUUUCAGGAACUGCACUUCACAGUCAAAUGCAGGCAGCAGGUGAUUAGCACACUGAGCCCAGCUCCUGGUGGUAUCUCUCUGAUGACAUAGCAUGCCCCCCCCUCUUUCUGGAUUACAUAAAUCUAAAGCCAGCCGCAAUAAAAGCCUGUUUGACAGUGAGCGCUGUACACAUGAUGGUAUUUAUUUCUGUUGUGUGCUCUGUAGUGUUCUGGUCUGUGUCACAAUAUGGUUUUAAUAAAGUUAUUGAAAAUCACAUGUAGCACAUGUGAUUCAAAUCA